AUGCCUCUCAUCGGCACUUCAUUCGAUGCCCAUCCUGGGGCCUACUUCACAACCCUGGAAGAGCUGGAUACCUGGGCAAAUACACCCCACCGGAAGCAUGGCGUUCUCAUGUAUCACCCUCGACCAGUUUCGACAGACGAGCGAGCAAAGCUUCUGGUAUGCCACGACUACAAGGGUGGCUACAACGAAAGCCCAAUCGCACUGGGGUACACAUUUAAUUUUUGGUCUGCGGUCGAUACGUUCAUCUACUUUUCGCACCACCGAGUGACUGUCCCGCCGCCUGGCUGGAUAACUACGGCCCAUAGGCAAGGCGUGAAAAUGCUGGGAACUCUCAUCUUCGAAGGGAGCGGCGAAAAUGACUGUUUACGCCUUCUUGUAGGGCGUCUACCACAAUCCAAGUCCGGUCCCGCCAGUCAACCAACCGACUUCAGAUCCCUUCCCCUCUCACCCCACUAUGCUCGUGUACUCGCCAAUUUGGCCGACGAACGCGGUUUUGAUGGCUAUCUUCUCAACUUCGAGUGUCCUUUGCGGGGCGGGAUUGAACAGACCCGUUCAGUAGCCGCGUGGAUAACGCUACUCGUCUCAGAGCUCAAGAGCAAGAUUGGUGCGCAUGCAGAAGUCAUUUGGUAUGAUAGUGUUGUCGUCAACGGACAACUUGCCUGGCAGGACCGAUUAAACGGCUUUAAUCUCCCCUUCUUCCUGUCAUCCACCGGUUUCUUCACCAACUAUACGUGGCCACCCAGCCAUGUCACUCGAAUGAAACAAUACUUGACGACGGUGGCAUCGACAAGUCUAUCAGCGCAAGACAUCUACGUUGGGAUCGAUGUUUUCGGACGCGGCUCCCAUGGAGCAGGCGGGUUUGGCUCUUACAAAGCCCUAGAACACAUUUCUCCUGCUCAACUGAGUACCGCUUUUUUUGCGCCAGGAUGGACUUGGGAGAACACUCAAGAUGCUCCUUCGUUCACUUGGGAGUCGUGGUUCACUGACGAACGCAAAUUGUGGACAGGCUUACGCUCUGGAGAAAUUGUGGUUCUUCCUACCAUGCCGUCAAACCGGCCAGGCGAGCCAGCUUGUACUCAUGGGCCGUUCAUACCAAUUGCAUCAUUCUUUGAACAACGGGCGCCUCCUGACCCACUCCAUAUCCCAUUUCACUCAACAUUCUCUCCUGGAGUGGGACGGGGAUGGUGGGUCAAUGGCGUCCGCGUUUUCCAACGUGAGGGGUGGACCGAUGUUGACAAACAAACAAGCAUUGGCGACAUGGUUUGGCCGCUGCCUGCUGUUACAUGGGAAGGCUCUGAAGAGGAGGUCGGAACCGUUGUGUUGCCACUGGUGACUCCACAACUUACCCUCGAUGAUGCUUGGAAUGGUGGAAGCUCCUUGCGAUUUACUGUUACCGCUCCAGGAGAGGCAGGCGACGAUGCUGCAUUCCGCUGCAUAUGGGUACCAGUUCAGUCUGCGUCGAUCACACCCCAACAAUCGUAUGAAGCGACGCUUGUCUAUAAACUGGAAGUGGAGGACGCAAAUGUUGAUCUAGACAUUGCAUUAUCCGUCAAGAACCUUACCACUAGCUCCGGAUUGUUUGAGAUUGCGCCGCAAUCUGCAGACACAACGGAAAUGUCAGGAGGAUGGACCAGACUCCGUAUCCGUUUCGACCUCCCUUCUACUACUUCCGAGGUAGUGAAGGCUGCAUUAGGACUUGUCAUCUCCAUCGUUGCGGAAGACACCUCAGAAGCGCUCAACAUGUCCCUACUUCUCGGUCAAUUGAAUGUGUAUCCAACUUCACCACCGAUGCUACCUUCACAUACCCCGGUCGUGCUCUGGGCUGACUUCACCUCUGCAAAAUCACCCAACGCUCCUCUGGAUGGUUUAUUGUCAUGGGAGGUUGCAGCGACAUUUGCGCCGCUCUCUGGACUUUCGCUUACUGGAGCUGAAGACCCGUCCCCUGCCUGGCCGGUGACUUUCAACCCAUCCAGCUCACGAACAUGGUUCUCCCAAUUCAUGUACUUCAACAUCUACGCCAGUGCCGAUGACCAGCCUGCCCCUCAUAGUGCUCAAUGGAUCGGGACAUCUGAACUUGGGCAGUCGUUUUCUCUCCGCCAAAGUAAUCUCCCUCAGUCGUUUGCCGGUGCUCGGACUGUGACGUUUUAUGUCCAAGGCGUCGACGACAGGGGCAAAGUCUUGGCUUGGGACCACUGGUUGGCAGGCAAAUCCACCGGCAGCAUUCACUCGUUAUUCCCUAUGCCUGCGCCACUCAUCAUUGUCUCAUCACCCGCGCCGUCGUGCGACAUUGAUACCGUUCGCGCGAGCAACCCCAGCCCCAGCCGGGCCAACUUUUUCAUGCAUGCGGAGCAGGACGGGUCGACGGCAAUGUCAACAAACUACAACGCGAGCCACGAUGAAAACCGGGUGACAGACGCGUUCUACCACACCCACGCCAGGAAGGCCCUCCCGGCGGAUCUCGAAAGAGGCGCUCCGGGUUAUCCCGGCAGACGCGGGGUAUAUCGUUGGUUUGGCCGAGACGAGUUGAACGCGGAGCUGCCAGAGAAGGAUGUUGCGCAGGCUUACCGACCGCCCACUGGCUCGAAUAUGGAGCGAAGGGUCCAGAACGGAAGCUGGAUCGCCAUGUCUAUAUUGCUGCUGCUGAGCAUCUACUUUCUGAUAAUGCGGGACAUGUGA